AUGGCGGCCCACCAGACAGUCUCUGUUGACACAAAGGAUAGCGAACAUCGAUUACGUCCCCUAUAUCGGGAGGAGCACUGGCCUCUCUUUCUGUCAGUGGUGGUGGGACCCACCUUCAUUCAGUUGAUGCUGUUGCCAUGGUUCCCAGAGAGCCCAAGGUACCUGCUGAUUGAGAAGCGCAAUGUCCACGCCACCAUCACAGCCCUGAAGUGGUACCGAGCCAAGUGUAACAUCCAGGCUGAGAUUGAAGAGAUGCAGGAGGAGCAGCGCUCCCUGUCGUCAGUAGAGACGCUAUCAGUAUGGAAGCUGUUGGUGGAUGACACCGUCCGCUGGCAGGUGCUGAGUGUGGUGGUCAUCAACAUCGGCAUGCAGCUGUCUGGCAUCGAUGCUCUCGACCUCGCCGCCUGUUUCUACGGCUCCCUCAUCUGA